AUGCUCACCGUUGGCAGAAACCACCACUGGACUCUUACUGGGCGCCCAUUGGACGCACAGGAGCCUGGACAAGACGAGGUCGACACUGGUUUGGCGCUGGACGACAACGCCAGCUCUACCGCCUCUUUGGCUUCGACGAUUCUUGAGUACAGGAUGCUCAAUGGGAGGAGAUACGAUAGUGAGCGUGGUAAUGCCCAAUAUUGGGUCUCGAAUGACGAGCAGUCGAAUGCAGCCUUGGAUAUCAACCACCACGUUAUUACACCUAUAUAUGGAGGGAAACUCGACUUUGCGGAUGGGUUCCCCAGCACAAAGGUUAUAGGAACCAAUAUCUCUGCCAUCCAACCUAGUUGGACUCCUCCAAACCUAGAAUUUCAAAUCGAUGACUGUACCCAAGAGUAG